AUGGUGGUGGAGAUGCAGCAGAAAAAGGUUGGGGCCUUCAACGCCCUCUUCGCGGCGGGCUCGUUCUUGCCGGCCCUCGGGGACAGUGAGGCCGGCGCCGUUCUGUCGGAGUUCGUGUCCGGCAAGCGCCAGGUUCCGGUGGACACGUACUUCAUCGACAGCAGAAGCGCGGCUUUUCUCCAGGCAGCGCCCGAGGGGAAGCAGCUGUGCGAGCGGAUGCACUUCCUGGGCGGCCUCGGGGUGAGGCAGCUGCAUGGCCUACGGGUGGCCUUCCUCUCCGGGCGCGGGGCUGAAAUGACGGUAGCGCUCCUCAAGCGUCAAGCGGCUGAGAAGGCGCAGAGCCGUGGCUUCGCCAAAGGCGGCCGCUGGGUGUUCCCGGGCCUGGUGCUCGCUGGCCGGCUGGCAGGACGGCGCGUGACCUGGAAGCGCUUCCGGAUGCCGCGCGCGGGCAGAGCAGACGGCGCUGGCACUGAUGCAGGUGGGCUUCCCGACAUCCUCAAGGAGGAGACCCAGCUGGAGACGCCCUUCGGGCGCGUGGAGGUGGUGGUGCUGCGGCCUCAAACUGCCGGCCCCAUCCCCACGGUGGCGGUGAACGUGGGCUGCUACUACACCCUGGCGGACACGCUGGAGAGAGCUGAGGGCCCUCGAUACGUAUCGCAAGGCUAUGCCUACUUGCUGUGGCGUGCCACCGGCGCCUUGGAGGAGGUUGCGGACCAGGUGUUCCUGCGCUGGCGCGGGGAUGCUGCGGUGGUGCUGGACUGGCUGGGCCAGCAGCGUUGGUGCGAUGGGCGCGUGGGGUGCCACGGCUACAGCCUGCUGGGGAACACCGCCUACGCCACGCUGGCGGCCUCCCAUGCGCCGGACGCGCCGCCCAGCCGGCCGCUGGUGACCGCGCUGGUGCCGGCCAUCUCCUUCUCGCGGAUCCAGCCCACGGUCUUCGUGCGGGGCCAAGGCCUCGCGGCAGAACUGGCACUGCGGUUCCUGUGGCUGGCGGAGGUGGGCCUGCGCAAGGAGCGAGCCACCGGCCUCGGCUACCUUUGGAAGAUGUUCGGCUUCUUCGGCCUGGGCGAGUGGCCGGGCCUCGCCGAGGCGCUGGCGCAGCGGCCGGUGGCGGAGGCGGACCGCAGGCUCUGGGGCCGAGCCAACGAGCUCUGGCGGGGCGGGCAGAUGGCGCGCAAAGCCUCUGACGCCUUUUGGCGGGAGAGCCGGGACCGGCAGUUCCACUUCGACCACUUCCGGGAAGCCGCGCCGCGGAUCCAUGUCAUCGCCGGGUGGAACGACAUGUUCCUCGCGCAGAGCCUGGAGGACUUCAUGGAAGCGCAGCGAGCCACGGGCAGUGCCCGAUUGACCAUCUUCACGGGCGGGCACUUCGGGGUGGUCAUGAGCCACGCGGGCAAAGUGGCGGCCGAGACGGGGCGCUGGUACCAGGAGCACUUGGCCCUGGAAGGAGAGGCCAGACCGGCGGCGGUGCGGAUGCAGCUCAUUACCGACGAAGAGCCGGAGGAGUGGCUGGAGUGCGGGGCCUGGCCGCCCCCGGAAGGCGCCCGCUGGGACCUCUUCCUGGCCCCCGGACACGUGGGCCUCCGCUCGGAGCCGGCCGCCGGGGCCGCCGGGGCCACCGGGGCCGAUACUUCCACGGAGCCGCUGAGCUACAGCUACGACCCACGGGACCCGACGCCCUACGCGGGGGACGGGUGGCUGAACCUGCAGCGGGACGGGCCCCAGGACCAGCGGGAGGUGGAGAGGCGCCAGGAUGUGCUGGUGCUGAGCUCCGCGCCACUGGAAGAGCAGCUGGAGGUGGUGGGCGAAGUCACGGUCUCCCUGUUCCUGAGCUGCAGCGCCCCCGAGUGCGACGUGCUGGCGCGUCUCUGCGUGGUACGGGACGCCGUCAAAGACAACAACCCGCUAGCCGCGCUGGGCAUCGGUGGCGCCAAAUCGGUCAACCUAUGUGAAAACAUCGCCAGGGUAAAAUUCCAGGAGGAGGUGACGCGCCUGGACCUGUCGUUGGGCUUCACCGCCUGCCGCUUCCGGCCGGGCGACCAGGUGCGGCUGCACAUCUGCUCCGCCGCGCACCCCCGGUGGCUGCGCCACCCCUUGCAGCCACCAGGGGAGGACUGGCUGCUGGGCGACAGCGAGGUCGGCGCCCCUGCGAAAAUCACUAUCCUCUCCGAGCGGCCCUCCCGGCUCCGGCUGAGUCUGCGCAGUUCCGAAGUCGUGGAUUUGGAGGCGGCAUUUCAUUCAAUGAAGCAUGGAAAACAUGGUCCUGGCGGCACCUUGGUCUGGUUGCAUCGUGUAAGGCGCUACGAUGCCGCCACCUACGCCAAGCCUGCCAGGGCCUCAGUGAGUCGCUCGGAUUCCGCGGAAGAUGAUGGGCCCGACUUCGUGGGCACAAACUACACGACCAAUGCGGUGAAGAAGCUGAUCAAGCUCGCCAAGGAGGACCCCUCACCCAUCGACUUGCUCCUCACUGCGGAGUGGCCCCGCGGCAUGGAGGAGCGAGUCGAGGAGGCCGAGAGGCCCACGGAUCCGGAUGGCCGCGGCCUCGUCUCGCGGGACCCGUGGGACCCGGUCGAUGGCCAGGGCUGUGUUGGCGACUCUUUUGAGCUUCAGUUCCGCAAAUGCUUAAAAGUUGGGUGA